UUGGUACAGCUGGAACCUUGCGGGGAGCGCGGGAAGCUGGGAGAACGGUAAAAAAGAUGCCACGAAGAAAGAAAAAAGUUAAAGAUGCCUCUGAGUGCCAGAACUUAGAGAAGAAGGACCCAGAAGGCAGCAGCUCUGUCAGUGUAAAGAAGCCGCGCAGGCUGGAGGACCUGCUCAUCGUGAUAUCUGACAGUGAUGGAGAGGAAACAAAAGAGGAGAAUGGAUUGCAGAAAAUGAAGGCAAAACAGUCAAACAGAUCAAAGUGUUUGGCUAAAAGAAAAAUUGCACAGAUGUCAGAAGAAGAACAAUUUGCUUUGGCUCUCCAAAUGAGUGAGCAGGAAGCUAGGGAGGUGAACAGCCAGGAGGAGAAAGAAGAGGAGCUUUUGAGGAAAGCCAUUGCUGAAAGUCUGAAUGAUCACUUGUUUCAGAGUUGCUGGUCUUCUGAGGCUUCUGCUAUCAGAUGUCGACCUCUGGCUGCUGGACCAUCUUCACAUUCCCAUCAAGAAAGCACCAAAGACUCUGGAGCCGCUGAAGGCACAUGGCAGCUGGCACCUCCAUCACUGUUUAAAGGCUCACAUGUCAGUCAGGGAAACGAGGCUGAGAAAGGAGAGGAGCCCUGGGACCACAAUGAAAACACUGAAGAGGAGCCGGUCUCUGGCAGCUCAGGAAGCUGGGACCAGUCAAGCCAGCCAGUGUUUGAGAAUGAGAACGUUAAAUGUUUUGACAGAUGUACUGGCCACUUGGCUGAGCACACACAGUGUGGGAAGCCACAGGAAAGUACUGGGAGCGGUUAUGCUUUUUCCAAAGCUGUCCAGGGUCGGGGGGACACAUCUAGGCAAUGUCUUCCCAUCCCAGCAGACUCCACAGCUCUCCAGGACAUUGGGGGCACUGUGCACUACUACUGGGGUAUUCCAUUCUGCCCGGCUGGAGUAGAUCCUAAUCAGUACACCAGGGCCAUUCUCUGCCAGCUGGAGGUUUAUCAGAAGAGCCUGAAAAUGGCCCAGAGGCAGCUUUUGAAAAAAAGAGGGUUUGGGGAACCAGUAUUACCUAGACCUCCUUUUCUGAUUCAGAGUGAAUGUGGCCAAGAAGAUCAGACUAGUGAAAAAAAUGAAGGCAUCUCAGAAGAUAUGGGAGAUGAAGCCAAAGAGGAAAGGCAGGAAUCUAGGGCAUCUGUCUGGCACUCAAAAACCAAGGAUUUUCAAAAAAGUCCAAUUAAAAGCUUGAAACAGAAACUUUUGUUGGAGGAAGAACCAACAACCAGUCAUGGUCAGCCUUCCCAAGGUCUGUUUGUUGAAGAAACUUGUGAAGAAGUUCUGAAGAGUUCUGAAGGUGGUGACUCUGUGCCUGCCUCACAAAGCAUUGCAACUUUGACCAGUAAGAGAAGCUUAGUCCUUAUGCCAGAAAGUUCUUCAGAAGAAAUCACUGUUUGCCCUGAGACACAAUUAAGUUCCCCUGAGCCCCUUGACCUCAAUAAAGAAGACUCUCUAGAGAGCAGAGAGAUCCCCAUUGAAGUAAGAACAACAGUGGACGAUAGGCAGGUUGAUAAUAGGGAAGAUGGUGAGAAAGAAAAUCCUGCUCCUGCAUUCUCGUCUAGUACCCGGGUGUCCUGCCCACUGUGUGACCAUGACUUUCCUCCCACAAAGAUUGAACACCAUGCUAUGUACUGCAAUGGUCUGAUGGAGCAGGACACAGUGUUGACUCGGAGACAAAGAGAGGCCAAGAACAAACGUGACGGUUGGAGAGCUACACAGUCUGCCCUGGACACCAGCAAGAAGGAAAAGUGUUAUCUGUGUAAGUCCCUGGUCCCGCUUGGAGAGUACCAGAGUCAUGUAGAGGCCUGUCUCCAGCUUGCAAGGGUGAAUGGAGGAGACGGGACUGAAGAAAGUAGGAGGCCAGGAGUGUGUGCAGCUGUGGAGGGCAAGCAGCAGCAGCGACUAAGGAAGUCAAAGGGAAAAGGCCACAGUCAAGGCCGACUCCUCAGCCUCUUGGAACAGUCUGAGCACAAGACCACAGGCAUGGAGAAAACCCCCAACUCUUCAGAAGCAAGACCCGUCAGGAUGCCCUCACCAGAGAUGGAAGAGGCCGGCUGCAGCAGAGAGAUGCAGAGUCCCCGCUCACAGCUAAGCUUAACUGAGUCUCCCAUCAAGUCUUUUGUUCCUGUUUCAGAAGCUACAAAUUGUUUAGUGGACUUUAAAGACCAGUUCACUUUCCGGUCGCGGACCAAAUCAGGCCGAGGAAGAAGGAGAAAAUCUUAAAUUUCUUGGGAUUGGUGGUUGACCAGAACCAUUAUUGUUGGGUUGGUCAUGUUCAUUAAUCAUAGUGGUCUCUAGUUUGUGGUGAGAGUUUGGCCCUGCUGUUUUCACCACCAGCACCCAUUCAGCAUCCUGGUUUUCAUGUUUUAUAAGAUCUAUUCAGACAACUAUGAAUAGUAUUCUGUUUUACAAAGUCUGUUUGAAUUUUCAUAUACUUAAAAUUUAAAUAUAUUUAUCUAUCUUUGUAUAAAAUCUUAUUUCAA